AUGUCUGUGGAACUCUUGUACGCUAAAAGCAAGGUGUACCUCCACCCGUCCUCAUCCAAUAAGGACAACGUGGCCGGUUUUUUGACCCUAGCCAAGCCCUCGGGCCCGUCCACCAAAAAGGACAUCUUGCUCAGCUACACCCCUGAAAACAUGCUCUCGGAAGAAGAGCUCAAGGUCUACAAGGAGGUGGACAUGGCCGAGGUGGGCAACGAGUCCAUGGGCCUGUUGCAGCUUGAAAACAAGCCCAAAAAGAAUAUCGAUAGAUCCACAAAGAAACCGCCGCAGAGCUCGGGCCUGGGCUACUGUUUCUCCUUGCCGUUGCUGCUUAUCUACCUGGUCCACGUGAGAUUGCCUUCCUUGGGAUGGUGGUACGGCUCCGUGGUGUUGCAUUCCAAGACGGGCGAGAAAAUGCCCGUGGUCUUCUUUCACGAUGACGAGUCGCCCCUGACGAUCCAGCGCCAGAAGAACAUGAACAAGCUGUUUGACCCUUUUGGCGAGGAUGGUCAGAUGUUCUGGGGCGGCCAAGACUUGAUCCUGACGCUCAGGCGGUACAUCAAGGUGGAGAAGCUGACGGUAGAGCCGCUGGUUUACUUGGUGGACCCGCUGAGUGCCGAUUUGGCGAACUUUGCGCCGCUCAAGGAUACGAAGAAGGAGAAGCAGGAGAGUUUCAAGAUGCCCGACGUAAACAAGCUUUUGAGCACCGCCAAGUGGCGUGUUUUGGAAACCGUGGCCUCGUUUGGCCAGAAAACAAAGAAUCUGGUUGUGGAUAUCGUCGACGAACAUGUGCCUCAAGGUGUGGUCAAGCAGGUUUUGAGCAAGCCCGAGGUGAAGAAAAUCAGCAAUGAGUUCGACAGUGCCAGGGUCUAUUUGGCCAAGUGGGCAGCUCAGGUCAAAGAGGAAGCCGAGCAGCUGCAGAGGAAGUUCAUGAUUGAGGAUGCCGUUUACAAUCGAAUCAACAAGGAGCUUCGUGAUGGACUGGAGAUCUUGACUCCCGAGGAGAUCAGCAACGCAUCGAGAAGGACUCCCGUUAACAAGGUUGAAUGGGAUGGCUUUUUCGACCACAAAGGCAGACUCACGCUUACUGUCGACGAGGUCAAGUUCCGUAUCUUCCAUGGUGGCUUGGAAGAAGACGUCAGGAAGGAGGCUUGGUUGUUUCUACUCAAUGUGUAUCCUUGGGACUCCUCGGCAGAAGAGCGUGCAACACUCAGGGACAGCCUUGAAAGCGGAUACCACGAUUACAAAAAGCGCUGGGUUGAAGACGACGUGAAGCGUCAGGAUGCAUUCUGGAGAGACCAAAAGAUGCGUAUUGAGAAAGAUAUCCACAGAAACGACCGCCACUUGCCACUUUUCCAGCGCAAAAAGCCCUCUGUUCCAAAUAUGGCUGAGCACAUUGACGAAGCAUUUGAGGAAGGUGAUCCACAGCCGGAACCAGUGGAGGAAGAAGAUGACGGAGAGUGGGAUAUUUCCAACAUCGAGAACCCUCAUCUUUUUGCUAUGAGAGAAAUUCUUUUGACCUUCAACGAGUACAACGUCAAUUUGGGCUAUGUCCAAGGCAUGACCGACUUGCUCUCGCCAAUCUAUGUCAUUCUACAAGAUGAGGUUUUGUCGUUCUGGGCAUUUGCAGGGUUCAUGGAGAGAAUGGAGAGAAACUUUGUUAGAGACCAGAGCGGCAUGAAGCAUCAAAUGGAUGUGCUCAAUGGGCUCUUGCAGUUUAUGCUUCCCGAUCUCUACAAGCAUUUGGAGAAAUGUGAAUCGACGGACUUGUUCUUUUUCUUCCGCAUGCUUCUUGUUUGGUACAAGAGAGAGUUUGACUGGAACGAUGUUCUCACCUUAUGGGAGGUUCUCUUUACAGACUACUACUCGAGCCAGUUUCACUUGUUUUUUGCCUUGUCGGUGCUCUCCGAUAACAAGCGGAUAAUCAUGCAGAACUUGCGUCGUUUCGAUGAGGUUUUGAAGUACAUGAAUGAGCUCUCUGGUAAGAUGAACCUCAAUGAUUUGUUGACACGGUCAGAAUUGCUAUUCCUUCGUUUUAAGAGAAUGAUAGCGCUAAUCGACAGAGAGAACCUGCAGCGGAGCGAGAGCGGGGAAGUAUAUGAAGUCCACGUGAAUCCAGACCUUCGUGAGCUUCUAAGCCGCAAGCUUGUGAUUCAAAAAGAAGUUGAGAGACCUGAAGGUGUUGGAGGUGGCUAA